UGAAUCACUGGUGCUACCGAUUCCUCACGGAUUUAGCUCCACAAAAACCGCGUUCCCUGCAGCCACGACCUCGAAAUCAGAUAGCUGUCUGUGUUGUUUAAAAGAAAAGAACGCGAUAAAUUAAAAGUGAGCCGUUAGAGGCGAAAAAGAGGUAUUUGCGCACAUCGGCAGCCGUUAGCGGGCUGAGCUAGCCGCAUCGCGCGACGCAUCUUGCCCGCGAGACGUCGGGCUUAAUAACUGUGUACAUAAUAACCCUCAUCCACAUCCAUUACACUGAGCGGUACAGCAGAAUCGCGGAGGUUCGGCGGAGCUGUCCGGCUCUUGCUCGCACUGCAGGCCUGGGUGUGGGUGCGGAGAAUGCUAAAGGAUGAGUCAGAGGGACACACUGGUUCAUCUCUUCGCUGGAGGCUGUGGUGGCACUGUAGGUGCAAUAUUGACAUGUCCAUUGGAGGUGGUGAAGACGAGGCUGCAGUCUUCUUCGGUGACUCUUUACAUCUCUGAGGUUCAGCUCAGCACUGUGAAUGGGGCCAGUGUGGCCCGUGUGGCCCCGCCGGGGCCUCUGCACUGUCUCAAGUUAAUACUGGAGAAAGAAGGUCCUCGCUCACUCUUUAGGGGCCUGGGGCCCAACUUGGUGGGAGUGGCUCCAUCCAGAGCAAUAUAUUUUGCUGCCUACUCCACAGCCAAAGAGAAGCUGAACAAUGUGUUUGAUCCUGACUCCACACAGGUGCACAUGCUGUCCGCUGGUUUAGCAGGGUUCACUGCCAUCACAGCAACCAACCCGAUCUGGCUUAUAAAGACUCGAUUGCAGCUUGAUGCCAGGAACCGUGGAGAACGGCGCAUGAGUGCAUUUGAGUGCGUUCGGCGUGUCUAUCGGUCAGAUGGGUUACGGGGAUUCUACAGGGGCAUGUCCGCUUCUUAUGCUGGCAUAUCAGAGACUGUCAUCCAUUUUGUCAUCUAUGAAAGCAUUAAACGUAAACUCAUUGAGUCCAAGGCCAACGCUAACAUGGAUGAUGAAGAUGAAUCUGUAAAAGACGCUUCAGACUUUGUUGGAAUGAUGCUGGCUGCUGCCACAUCCAAGACCUGUGCCACUUCAAUUGCAUAUCCUCAUGAGGUUAUUCGUACCAGACUACGUGAGGAGGGCAGCAAGUAUCGUUCGUUCUUCCAAACUUUCAAUAUGGUGGUCCGGGAGGAGGGUUACAGAGCACUGUACCGAGGCCUCACCACUCAUCUGGUCCGACAGAUCCCUAACACUGCUAUUAUGAUGUGCACCUAUGAGCUGGUGGUCUACCUGCUCAAUGGUUAACAGAUGGAGAGAGAUAGAGACCAGGAAAGAGAGGGAGAGAGAGAGACGAACAGGGUGAGAAAGCGAAAGCUAGAAGGAGACCGAGAGAGAGAUUGUCCCUGGCUUUUACACCAAAGGAAGUAGAACAAAUCCUAGAAACGCAUUAGUCUCCGAGAACAAGAAGGUUUCGAACCUGUCAGACUGGAGAGUGUUUCUAAAAAGAAAGACCGAUGGCUGUCCGUUUGAAAUGUUUUACGAGAAAGGACAAUCAGAGAGGGGAAUGCUUGAAGAAAACGCAAAAUUGGCAGAAUUCCUUCACAUUCAAGAAGACGAACAAUUCAUCCUUUCACAGCUGUUUCAUUUCAAAAAUCAUUUUAUCUGAGCCAAUGCUUUAUAAAAAGAAAAACAAACCUGUCAAGAUCUUUCAAGUGACUGAAGGUCUUUGAAAGAAAGCACAUGAAAGAGUUUUCAGAUGUGGCACAAUAGCACUACUGUAAAGGAUGUUUUUCUUUUUUAAUUCACCGUUUCUCAAAGAUGACGUUUUGCCUUUCAAGCAUUCUCCUCCAGAUGUCAGCUUCCACUCUUUCCAAACUUGCCAGGCAAAUGGUUGUCCACGCACAAAAGUCCAUUUGCUGUUGUUAAAUCGACGGUCACGUGACGCGUGGCCCCUCAUGUGCUUCAAACUGAAGUGUUUCUUUGUUAGGUUCAUGUUAAGUUUAACCAUACUUACUUUGUGUGUGUUUUCGAUGAUUAUACCGUUGUCCUAAUGUCAGUAUAGUAUAUACUCUGGGUGGUAUUUUUGAAUUGGGAGUUGUCCUGCUUGCGUCACUGGGCCUUUUUUAACUGAGAUGGAGCGUUCUCCAGUUUAUCACCACAGUUCUUCUACUUGAAUCCCAGAUGUUGAUGAAUUUACCGAAAGCUCAAUGGUAGUGAGCAUGUUGCCUACAAACAACAUGCCACGUCGUGGUGACAUUAUUCGUUGUAAGGCAAUAGUCAUUUUCCCACUUUUGAGUGGGAAUACAAGCUACAGAAUUGCGUCCCACACUCUGGAUUCCUCGAACAGUGGCUUCGAACUGACCGCAUAUGCACUUUGUGGCCUGUCUGGGCUUGCGCAAACUUUUUUUUUUUUUCUGUUUGGGACAAUUUUAAUCUUGUAUUGUAAAACAUAGUAUUACUAUGUAAGCAAGACAGUGUUUUGCUGAACAGUUCCCUUUGGAAGUUAUUGUACAGUUCAGUGUACUAAACUUUAGUGAAGGAUAUUCUUGUAUGUGUAUAUACUGUAUGCAUAUCAAAUAUCCAGUGUUCAUAAUAACUUAAGUCCUCUGAUUAUGCAGUAGUAUUAUUUGAAUGGCUGCAUUUUGUUUGAUAGAUCUAUCACAAAAGGAUAUUGUGAAACAAGUUUUGUUGAAUGUUAUUUUCUUUUUACAUUUUAUAUAAUUUUGCUUUUUUUUUUUUUUAAUCACUCCUCAUUCUGGCCCUGAAAUGGAGUCACAAAUUUUUUCAUCUCGCUUGUUUGUUUACAUUACUGUUGUCUGUACUUUCACACCCUCAUGAUAUGAAGGAGCUUGUUAGUGAUUUAGACGUUACCCACAUCAUUUCCAGACAGUUCGUUACCAGUAUGUGGGCUUGAAAAUGAACAUUUAAGGUAAUUAUAUUAAGCCUCAUGUUGGUAGAUCCCUUAAAGAGCCUCUAGGGUUUCUGUAAGCAUCUUAAUAACAGUAGCAUCUAACAGUAUUGUUUGUAUCUAACAGCAAAAACAUGGUUUUGGUAGCUUCCAUUAUUCAUAAUCAGAAGUGAAGUGUGUUUUCAAUUGCAUUUCAGUGUCUCGUUCAAGUCAUGGAUAUGUGUAAUGCUGCUGAUGAACUCUGACGUCACCACACAUUUAUUAUACGCACAACAUCAUCCAAUAUUAUGCAAUUAAUUAGCGCUGGACUCUCGUCACUGCUCAUGUGAUCUUCUCAGUUGCUAUAUAUUGCUCUAAAAGCAUUUGUUUUUGGAAAACAAAAGCUUUUUCAGGCGUGGUGUUUUCAUGCAGUUAGAAUAGCUAGACUAUGGUUGAUGAAUUAGUAAAAUAGUUGUGUUGUAUCUACAGAUGUGUUAGAAAGUGAUCAAACAUCCAUUAAGUUUGCAUUCAACAAACGCUCUUGUAACUUCAGUCUCACAGAGACUUUAAUGGCAUUACAGAGAUAUUCAACACUGAACCUAACCGACUGACAGAAAUAUUGAACCUGACGCUCUAGAUUAAUCAUUUCAUCUUCACUUCACCUUUAAUGGCAUAUUCAGCAAUUUCAUGUGUGGUGUCUGUAUUGCGCAGUCUAACAUGACCAACACUAACAAAUUGUAUGUCAUUACCUGUUGUUUUAUUUCAGUUUUCCUUUUCUUUUUUUUCUUCUUUUUUUUUCUAGCUGUUUUUAUGGUAAAUGUGGCCUAUUCUUUGCUGGUUAUGUGAUUUAUCAUACCUCUUUUUUUGUACAAACGGUCAAUAAAAAACAAUGCAAAACCCA